AUGGAUAGCUAUGCUGCUGGAAAACUUCCUCAACAACUUUCAUACACCUUCAACCCAUCAUGCCCCCCCCUGAAAAUCGCCGUCACAGGAAGAUCAUUCGUGGCCCAUACCCCAGAACGAGGCACUCUCAACUUCUCAGUAAAGUCAACCGGACCAGUGCAAGAAGAUGUAGCCCGGGAAGUGACUUCGACCUCCAAUAAUCUGCAAACAUGGUUUAAAUCCAACUUUAACAAUUGGUCCGACGAUGCCACCGAGCCCCCUAUGACCAAGUUCUCGUCCAACAGAAUCAAGACCUGGACAAGAGCGAGAGAUCAAUACGAUAAGCCUGUGCCAGACCCGUACAAUGCGAGUAUCUCGUUCAGAGCUGUCUUCAGGGACUUUACAAAACUCAACAUCGCGAUCGAUGAGUUGUUGAGAUAUCCCAAAGUGGAAAUCGAUUUCCUUGAUUGGACGCUCACCGACGAGACCGGAAGAAAAUUGGACUCGGAGGCGCGCAAAUUGGCAUUGCGCAACGCGAUACAGCAAGCUGAUGACUAUUCUGAGGUUCUAGGAAGAGGUGCUGCUGUGGUAGAAAUCUCUGAUCAGGGUAGUUCUUAUAGGGCUAGGCACAAAGUGGCUGCUAGCUAUGUUAAUUACCCUGGAGCGGAGCCUGUCCCAUUGGACCUGACACCUCAUGAUGUUGAAGUUGAGGGAAAUGUGGAUGUCACGUUUGAAGCUGUGUAG